GUCGGUGUGCUAAUCUCAGGUGUGUCACCUUCGCUGAGCGAUGAGGAGAUCCAAACCCGACGUUAUUGAUUCGUUUUUUCCUUCGUUCAACCUCAAAUCCAUCUCAACCUACUCAAGUGAACGAGAGCUAGUUGUUGGAAACAGAAACCAUGAUUAUCAUGCGAUGAACAUCAAUGAAUUAUGCGUUACGACCGUUAUCCAUCGUAAAAAACUUCAACACGACAGUUCGAUCAUGUUGUUCUAAACGGUGCAGGUCUCUACUGCUUCCCAAAGCGUACAUGGGCCCCAAUUUUCUGGACAAGCAAAAGGCUUUCGGAAACCUAUUAUUGAAGUGAAAAUUACAGUUGGUUCUCACCGAGUCUUACUAGAGACGGAACCAAAAAGACCCCAAGCAUAGUGAAGCGUGUCUGUCGUUUAUAUCAAGAAGUAUGACAUCGAGUAGGACUAUGACAAUAAGUUUUCUUCUUGUUUUUUGCAACAUUGAUCUUACACUUACAGUGACAGUCACGACAAUAUCAUGAUUCAAACUUUAUUUCACCAUCUUCAUCCUCACGCAGAACCUGACUUGCUUCAUCUGCAUUUGGUUUUGCAGUUGUUGUUUAUUUUCUACUUUACAUCAUAACUAAGUACUCGUUUAUCUCGCGUCCCCGUUUGAAAAUGGGUUGUGGUGCUUCGUCUCCUGCUGCUCCGGCUGACGUGCCCCAGAGUAUUUCAGGUGUAGCUACAAGAAUGGCACAUAAAUCUCUACAAGACCGGCUGGCGGAAGAGGAGGCCCAAAAGGAGGAGCUCGAAUGGUUAAGACAGGAAGCGCGGGAAAAAGCCAGAAAGUUAUGUAAGGACAAGAGUAGCUACUCUAACUGUAAAAAUACUAUACCAAGGUGGAGAAAGUUUGGAGUUUGAAAACCUUUGGAGUUUGGAGUUUUAAGUGUGGAAGAAUUGCUUCAAGCUCAAGUAAACUACUAGGUACUGAUAAUUUGAACUGAUUUCUUCUAGUACAGCUCAAGAAUGCAGAUCUAUGCAAAUGCAAUUGCAGUGCCUACUCUGUAUCGACAGCAUUAUCAACACGAACCUUGAUGAUGAUGAUGAAGCUGAUGAUGAUGAAUAUGUAAAACUCCAGAUGUUAAAAUCAACAUAGUAGAUAUAAUGUAAAUGCUGGCAUCAUGAAGAGGAGUGUGCUCUUCUAGUUGAUCUAAGAAAAGCCAAAGCAGCUGAGGAGGAUGCGAGGAAUAAGCAAAUGUCCCUGGCCUCACGUUCAGAAAGGUUCACGCAAGACCUUUUGUAUAGCCUCAAGUACGGCCUUCUGACCCUCCACGACAAAGAUGACGCAGAGCAGCCUGCUGAUCACCAUAUCAACAUCGCUGACGGUGAAGAAGCCGCCGCCCCUGAUGUGCCUGUUGGAAUCGCUGAAAAACAAGAAGUAGAGACCGCGAAGACGAAGGAAGCUUGUUCCUUGUCCGGAUUUAUGGCCUUGUUCAAACUGAAAUGCUGUGAACCGUACUUUUCGCUUACUGACGGCGUAGGGUAUUUUGACUACGAGGAAUGUUUGGGUCGUGCGAAGAGCGUUCUACGCACUGAGGAGUUUGGCGGAGAGGAAGGCUACUUUGCAGCGAGAGUACAAAGGAUUCGUGAUGAGGAAGAUGAAGAGGCACAGCUAAAGUUGAAACGAUUGAUUUAUUCAGCGACAGAUUUCGUCGAAGUUUGCUGGCGAAUCCACUUUGAGAUGAGGGUACAUAAUCUAUAUCAACAUCAUAGAGAUAGAGAAGAUAAUAAAUAAAUACCAUGAAUCUAUUGGAGGUAUUGAUAUUGAGAUUGGUGAUAUUUGUAUUGACUACUGGUUGUUGUAGGAGCAAGAGGCUGAUAAAUUAUGCGCAUGCUUAGCAUCUGCACCCUCCUGAUGAUCUGGAAGAUCGACACCUAAAAACGUGUCCUCCUUGAUGACGUCGUAAAAUGACGCAGGUAGUAGACCUUCUAGAAUAGCUUUACAUCAUGCCUGUUCUUGUUCUCCCCAUGCGUGACAAGAUGUCUAGAGAAUUUGUACUAUCGUACGCCUUUUACACACAUUUCUUCAUCUUCAGCUGUACACACAUUUCUUCAUCUUCAGCUGGACGAUGAAGGCAUGCGUCCGGACAUAGUGAGUGACUUCACGAAAGCCCUGAUGGAUGGCCUAGUGGAUGAGAAGUUUCCCGACUCUUUGGCCGAGAUGGAUGUAGCGAGACAUGCUAGAGAAAUCUGUGCGUACUAAUUUCUCUGGUUGGAUAUUUUCAACAUGAUUACACUUACGGCUAGACAGAUCAUUUAGUUUUAGAGUCUAGUAUCGAAAUUGAUGUUUGAAACGACGUAAGGGUAAGAUUGCCCUUACGUCGGUUCAAACAUAAACUUCGCUACUGGGCUCUAAAAUAGUAAUCAUAUACAUGGACCAGAACUGGAAGGGGCCUGGUAUCGUAGGGGGGGGCGAAAAGUAAGGGGCUCGACAAGUAAGGUAGACACUUCGAUAAAAACGUAGACAGGGAAGGGAAGAAAAGGUAGAAAUCUACAAAAGUAGGGGACUAAAAAAUCCGAGGAACAGGGCAGGAAAAGGUAGAACCAACUGCAAGGCCGCGCAAGAGAGGACGGGAAAGCCCAGAGGACAGGCGCAGAAGCGGACGCGCCAGCCAGCGGCUAGCCAACGAAAGAAAGAGAGCCGCGCAAUGAACCUAACCACACCAAGCGACCCGCGAGCUCUCUCAGUGACUGCGCACGCAAUGAGUGACAAUCCCACGCGACAAACCCGAUGCCAAUACAGGCAGCCAAGACCAGACGAGAAGCGACGGGGGCGAACCAGGUGGGUGAAAGCGCGCACAGCACCGCGGUGCCACACAGGCCACACAAUAAGCCGCCACACACCAGAGCAGCCCUGAGGAACAGGCUGCAACUACGCGAUCCCAGAGUGCUUUCGAAGCCCGCCGCAAAAGGUUGACGCCCUUCAAAUAAAACGAAGGCGGCCCGCGGAUCGAAAAAGAAACGUAGCAUGGGGGGAUCGCAAAAGAAAGAAGCGCGCCGCGACGCUGUGCCUUGAUAGCUGCCCGCACACCUACCGCUGGUGGGGUUGGGGUCGGGGUUGAGCCGCCUGCGGAUGCGAGGCACCGCGGCCAGAGCGGGAGGGCAUUGCGGAGCGCCGACUGGGAAAGAGAAACGAAAGACCCAACAGAAUGCGCCUAGCCUGACCAGCAGUAGCUUGGUGGCAAUCCUACUAAGACACCGCGCGGCCAAGCGCGCGCGGCUCCCCACCGGGUCCGCACGCGUAUGGCACAGGCCACCUGGGCGCUGCGCUGGCAGUGGAAUGCGUCGGGGAACCAGCUUACAAAGAAGAGGCCCCAGGGCCCCCUAUGUUUCGGGGCCCAUCUGAAACCGCGGCCCCAGAUUUUCCCGGGACACCGGCAGAAGAAUAGGGGAUCCGGCCAGAGACAAAAAUAGGGGCCCAGGGUUUUUGCGGCCUUGGUCCGCUUAACUGAGGAAAACGUCGGGACGUGCUUUAUAAUACAGAGGGCCAAGCUUUUCCGGUCCAUACAUAUUUUACUACUCAGAAUCAGUAUAAUUCUCAAUCUCAAGAACCUAGGAGUCCUCGCAUUGAGUCUUCGUCGAGAAAGACGCUUUCCUUCACGCAAAAUGAAACUCAUUCUCAUGCUCUUAUUAGAUGUUGCUUAUAGUUGUAUCAAUCCUCUACCUGUAUUAUCUUGCAUUUAAUACUAACGCUGACAGGAACCUCUUUGCGAAUGUUUACGCGUCGUACGCCGUUGGAGUCCUUGACAUGCACCCGCAGAAACGAUUACAUGAAGAAGCUGAAUCAGAUGCACGAAAGGAAGAGAUCGAAAAGUCGCCUGCUUUCGGCGAGUGA